UGGAUUUUAUUUUUUGAUUAACUUUCUGGUCAACAAUUAAAUUGUUUAUUGUAAUUUUGAGAUUUGAUUAAUAAUCCAACAUUGACAUUGGUUAGAUUAUCCUUUGAGUUUACGAUUGUCAUCUAUGUGAGAAGUUUUUGUUCCUUGGUGAAUAUUUGAUAUUCUUGUUGUUGUUUUGAUUUUGUUUUCUCUUUGGAAAAAAUUUUUUGUUUAUUUUGUGUCUAUUGGGAUUUUAUAUAUAUAAAUUAUCUCUCAUGGCAAAUUAUCUUUGGUUUGAAUUUCUUCUUCAUCCCAAUUUAUUGGAAAAACAUUUAAAUGAGAAAAAUGAUCGAAAACCAAUUGACCUGAUAAUCAAUUUUCUUAAUAAUGCUUCAAUUGAUGGUUCGGUAAAUGGUUCUCUUGGUGGAAGUGAUCUUCUUAAAUUGUUAUCGGUAAAGGUUGGAGCCUUUAUUGAAUUUGAUUUGGAUAUUUUAGAAGAUCAAUUACCGAUUACCAUGCAGUAUACUUUGUUAAAAGAGCUGAUUAAAUUCACUGAAUCAGCAAAUCCACCGAUCUCGGUUCUUAAAUCAGUUCAUUUACAAUAUUUCCGUUGGGUGUUGAGAUCAAUUAUCCGACUUUCUUAUCCAACUAGAGGACCAAGAGGAUUAUCUAUUCCACCUCAGAUGAUGCAACAAUUGGACCCUUGUUAUGUUCCCAUUGAGGUGUUGGAAAGUAUGUUCAAAAAGUUGAGGGAAUUGUCACCUGAAGCUCUUAAUAAUUUGGAAAAUUUUCUCGAAGAUAAAAGUAACUCUUCAAUAUGUCAACCAUUACUUGACUGUUUUCCAAGUUUUUUCGAUUCAAAUUCAACAAUCAAAUGUGAUUGGACCAAAGUGAAAGAGCUAAACAUUUCCAAUUUAUUCGAUAUCGUUCAUUAUGAGCUUGGAAAAUGGUAUUUUUUCAAUGAGAAUUACGUUCAAUCAGAUAAACAUUUUCGUUCCAUCAAUCCAGCCAAAUUAAACGAAACCGAAACAUUUAAAAAUUUAUCUCAAUAUCUGGAAUCAUCUAAAGAAUUGUGUAGUGAGAUUACCACGAAAGACACUAGUUCCAAGUCAUUUGAAACCUAUUUCGAUGAGUGUCUAUCAAAUGCCGUGAAAGGAACAUCAUGUGAUCUCAGUUUCGUUGAGCGAACAGUAAACCUUCAAUUAAUUUCUACCAAACUCAGCUCAUUCUACAGUCAAUGUGCCAAUGAUAUUGAAAAGAACAACAUCCGUCGAUUUUCCUUCUACUUGAUGAGCCGUUUAAAUGGUCUCAAAGAAUUGAUUCCUGAUAUAAUAGAACCAUUAACGACCAAAGUCAAAGAAAAUGGGACUGGUUGUUUAAUCACAAGCUCUCAUGAUGGAGGUGAAGAAGAAGGUGAAAUUGAUGCUGUCGACGAUGAGAUAGAAAAAGAUCCCGAAAUUUUACUUUUGGAAGCAACAGUUCCCGAAGCAAUUCAAGAUCUAAUUCCUAAAGUGGCUAAACCUCCGCUCAUGAUCAAUCGUAACUGGGAUAUUCCCUUGGCUCAUGCACAUUGUCUCAAAAAUUUGCCUCCCUCGCAAUACAACAAGUGUCACAUCGCUUUGGCUAAAGCAGCUGAACUUCGUCGAGCUAAAAUGUACAUCGAGUCCAGAAUUUUGUAUCUCUCCCUUUUAGAAGAUUAUCAAGCCUCCCUUCCCAAUUUAGCCGAUAUUAUCACAUUUGAACUUCUCGAAACUGACCUACAACAUCACGUUGAAAGUAAUGACAUUGACGAGAGACGAAUCUUGGAAUUACUGUCUAAAUGUGAGCGAACUCUAAGUAAUGAGAAACUUUUAGCCGAUUUACCAUUAGAAUUGGUUGAUCUUUGUUGCCUUUUCCUCUUGGAAUCAAGUCCAUCUACAUUGAAAGAUUUUGUCAAUUCGAAACAUCCACUUCUCCGUUUAUCAUCACUUCUCUCAUCUUUAACAAGCACCGAUUCUCCCAAUCAUCAUCCCAUUAAAGCGAAAGACUUAUGGGAUUUAAUUUGCAACGUUCUCCCCUACGAUUUUAACAGAAUGUCCGUAAAUAAAAGGCCGAUUCAUCUUCCACCCUCGAGUUGGAGUUUAGACAUUUUCUGUCAAUUUAUCAAGAAACUAAAAAACUCUUCUCACAUUAACCUUCUCACCUCUUGUUUAAUUAAAAUUCUCAAUCUAAAGAGAGACAUUUCUGGAGUGGAAUUGACACUUUUACCACUACCCACCUUCCAAUGGCCCACCUCACUACCAUCGAGUUCAGUUAACAUAAACUUGGCCAGUAUAUUUGACACACUUAAAAUUCUGAUUAAAAAAGGAUUAUCCCUCAAACCAAAUGAAAUUAAUCUUCUACGCUGUAAAGCUGAACUGUCCAUCAUCGAAGGUCAAUAUGCUGAUGCCAUGAGUAGCUAUUUAACUCUCAUGAUAAUAACCACAGAAUAUUUCACCGUAUUUGGAACUUAUCCCGAAGAGGAGAAAAUUAUCCAACGAAUGAUCCAUUGUUCCACUAAAUUAGGUUGUCACACUCAAGCUGCAGUUCUACAUCAAAUGAUCAAGGAGCCGAAUUAUGGUCUUAUUUUCAAAGGAUUAAGCGAAAAAUCUUGCAACGAUAGUUGUGACGAUUUAUAUGAUUCCUUUUGGGACAUUACCAUUUUAGAAUAUCUUGUUAACCUUCACACAAGAAGAGGAGAAAUCGAUCGAAAGAAUAAAUCUCUCCAAUUGAUUGGACAAUCAGAACUUAAUGCAAAUAAUUCGGAAGAUAUUCUCACCGAAGCAGCUAAUGUAAGGAAGGGAAAAUUUUUUCGAACUUUAGCAAAAAAAUAUUUGUAAAUUAUCCAAUCAUCAAAUUGUAAUAACAAGAUCGACAUCCACGAAAUCACCAUCGCCUUUCAUCAACAUUUAAAAAUCAUUCAAUCUUAAUUUAAAUUAUUCAACAUUAUUGAUCAAAUCAACGCAAACCUAGUCCGAUAUUGACCAUUUCUCCAGUAAAGAAGAAUAAGAAACAAAAUGUUCCAAUUCCCCAAUGGACAAAAGCUCAUUUAAUAUGUUCACCCUUAAGGUUAUCAAAACCUUAGCCAUGAAUCUAUUCAAAAGUGGCACUAAUGUAACUAAUAAUUAUAAUAAGAGGAUUUAUCAUCUUUAAUCGAAUUUAAUUAACUUAGUUUUCAAUGUAUUCAGAAAAUGAAAUUGAAUGUCUAAACACUGA